UAACAAAUCACACCCCUUCGUACCCUAAAUAUAAUCCCAACUUUCACUGCUCCUUUCUUCUUCACUUCUUCAUCUCCACACAAAAUCUCUCUCUCUCUGCCCUGUAAGAAAAAAAAACACUGAUUCCUUCUUCUUCUCCCUCUUCUUCUUGCCUGAAAGAAGAUGGUUGAUUCGAAGAAGAGGCUUACCUCUGCCUCGAAAAACACCAGACCCUCUCUAAGCCGUUCCGCUAAGGUCUCUGUUGGUCAAGAGUAUGGAGAAGGUCUUGUGGGCUCGAAGAUUAGAGUCUGGUGGCCUAUUGACCGCAAAUUCUAUCAAGGAUUGGUGGAUGCUUUUGUCCCUUCUAAGAAGAAACAUCGGAUUUUGUAUGCGGACGGAGAGGUUGAGAUUUUGGAUAUGAAUAAGGAGAGGUGGGAGUUGAUUGAUGAAGAAGAUGAUGAUGAUGAGAUCUCCCUACCGGAUGUAUCUGCUGAUGAGAGUUCCGAGGAGGAUACUCCGGAACCCAAGGCGAAAACCAAAUCUGGUGAGCUAUCUGAUGAUAGUGAAGAAGAAGAAGAAGAAGUGAAACCAAGAAGCGGUGUGAAGAAAGCUGAAAAAUCGAAAGAUGUUGUGAAGAAGUUUGAGAAAAAUGGCAAGAUGGGUGAUAUUGGUGGUAAGAUUGUAGCAGCAGCCUCUCGCAUGAGUGGAAGGACCCAAAGCAAGCAGAAUGGUCAUGACAAAGAGAAAGCAAAAGCUGUGGAAUCCAGCAAGAAGGUUUCUGAAUCGAAGAAUCUGAAACAGAAAAGGCCUUCGUCUUCAUCAGGGGCUGUCAAUGCCAAAGUGAAAAAACCGAGGACUUCCUUGGAGAAGAACAAAAGCAGCUACUCUGGUGGAGAGGAUACUGGUGAUGAUGAUGAUACAUCUGAUGAUGAGGUGAAGCCUAAGGUCUUGAAACCUAGCAAGAAGGUUCCUGUAUCAAAGAGCCGAAAACAGAAAAGGCCCUCAUCUUCAUCAGGGGCUGCCAGUGCCAAAGGGAAAAAGCAGAGGACCGCUUCGAAGAAGAAGAUUAAGAGCAAUGAUUCCGAUGGUGAGGAAGGGGGUGAUGAUGAUGCUGAUGAGGCCAAGCUCUUGGUGAGUGUUUUGACGAAAUCUCCAGAGGGGAAGAAGGAGAAAGAGGGAGGAGAAGACAGUUCGGGAAAUGAAACCGAAGUGGAAGAAGAGUCGUCUUAGUCACAGCCAGGCCAAAGACUAGGAUAUCUCGCGGUGGUUCUUUAACGGCAGCUACCGUAGUAGACAGCUUAUGGUUUCUUUUUAAAUUAUACAGUGAACUCCUAUUUUGGAAAAUGCAGGGUUUUUAGGCUAUGUUGCUUACAAAAUGUGUAGCCAAAUUGCAUUGGGGUUGGAAAGCUAAUUUAUUGAACUAUGAAUAUGAAUGAGUGUUAAUCUCACUCUUUGAUAUGAAA